GUCCAAUCGAGCAGCCAGGAUGGAACCAAGCCUUCGAGUAGGCGGGGUCGUCGCUGGGUUGGCACUUUCCUCCAGGUCAUGUGAACAGAAAGAGAGAGACCGACGUGGUGCCAGCAGGGAAUGGAGCGCGCUGCUAGCAGCUGGGCGAUGGUGGAUCUAUAGCGUUGAAUUCUUCAUGGCAUUCAGCUGAGCUGCUUAACAAUUAUACGUACAACCACUUUGGAAAGGAAGAGAACAACCAAUGGUUUCAGUAAAUCAUAGCAAACUGGUGUCUGCUUCAGGUCCAUUGAUUACCUCAGCUUUCUUUCAGCUAGACAACACCUCAGAUGCUCUUGAACCUGAGGUGCCACCAUUAAAUCUGCUGCAGGAUGGCAGCAGGGAACAAGGGCCUAACCCAGCAGCUCUCUCCAGUCUUCUCUACCCAUCAGAGAUGGGUACCUCACUGUCUAAGGUAAAGAAGGAAGUGGAGAAACCUCAGACCACCAUCUAUGAAGCUUAUCUCAAGUUACCUGAUUUUUGCCCAGAACUCUCUAGGGAUUUUAUCCCUACACUAGAGGAGAUUGAGGAGUUUCUGAAUGAGAAGAUGGCACUUCUCAAGGAUGAGCUGAAUGAGAAGCAGCCACGAGGAGGACAGCUUGAGAUAAAAUCGGAGAUCAACUUGGGCAACUCUGAGGAAGCGUCUGUUCCUAGAAUUCCUCAGGAUGAAGGUCUUUCAAGCUCUGCUCAUGCUGAAGUGGUGCAAGGUGGUACAAGCAUACCAGGAACCAUGGGGACUAUCCCUGUUAUUCUUCAGAUCCAGCCCAUCCAAGUGGCAGAAGGUAGCUCACCAACCCAGAGCCCCACUGGGGGUGUCAGGUUGGCCCAGCUGAUCAUCAAAAUGCAAGGCCAGAACUUGACUGUACUUCCUCAGGUUGUUCAAAGCCCUGCAACAGGCACAGAACAGAAGUAUGUCCGAAUAGCCCCUUCACCUGUGACACUGAGGCCUGGAGUUUUUGGAAGUGCAAGGACCAUGGAAGCUAAGGUCCCCAAAGCCUCUACAUCCAUCAUCCGAGUCCACAAGUGCACAUAUCCUGGCUGCACCAAGAUGUACACCAAGAGUUCUCACCUCAAGGCGCACUUCCGACGUCACACUGGAGAAAAGCCUUACACCUGUACUUGGCCUGACUGCGGCUGGAGGUUUUCCCGUUCAGAUGAGCUCUCUCGCCACAAGCGCUCCCAUUCGGGACUCAAGCCUUACCAGUGCCAAGUGUGUGAGAAGAAAUUUGCCCGCAGUGACCACUUAUCCAAACAUAUGAAGAUCCACAAAGGGUCAUUCAGUUCGGGAAGCCGGACAGCUCAGGGCUGUGGUAAUAGUUAACCCUCCCUUUGGUCCCUUGCCAAGAGAAGAAUUCACUUCAAGCCCAAUGACAAGUGGAAAUAUAAAAGAUGAUUUUCCUUUGGAACAGGAGGAAAUGAGGAACUGACUUGGGUAAAGUCAAUGGAAAGCUCAAAGCCUUCCUCUGCCUGAAUAUGCCUUACAACUAGGGCUUGCCUCCAGAUUGAAAUCUUGGGGGGUAUUUGGGAGCUCAUGUACCAUUUGCAAUAUGUGACAAUUAGGGACAUCAGGGAGGGUGGGGGAGAUUUUUAGUUUUAUAUUUGGUUUUUGGAAUACUGGCCAUUAACUGUAUAUGGGCUUGCCAUGAUAUAUACCUGGAAUCUCUGUUCCCUCUAACAGGGAUUUCCAGAUGUUGACUACAAUUCCCAGCAUCCCCAGCUGCAAUGGCCUUUGGCUGGGGAUUAUGGGAGUUGUAGUCAACAACAUCUGGGAAUCACUGUUAGAGGGAACACUGCCUGGAAUGCAUAUUCAAAUGGGAGUUGCAUUUUACAACAUUUAUUUCUGAGUCAGCAUCCUAAUUCAUCACAUGUUAACUGAAAUGUAUAUGACAAAAUUAACUUGAGCUGAAAUACCGCCAAGUGGAAUGUACACGGAAAUGCACAAAAGCAAGUCUUGGAGGCUGGGUUCAGACACGUGAAACCAUAGUUUGUGCUAACUAUGGUCAAGAACUCGAAUCAUGGUUGGACCUUCUAGACACAGAGGUCAUGCACACAACCUUGCUGGGGAGGGUAGGCAAGCUGCAGGGAAGGCAGGAGCAGCCUUCUCUCUAGUUUUUUUCAUCUGUGUGCGGAAUGAGUUUUGUUCUGGGUGGCAGGAUCAAAGCAGUGUGUGUGCAUGUGCAUCCAGAGUGGGGCCUUCCUGAUUCAACCUGAGUGGGAUCUAAAAUUACUGAGCGGUCAUCCAAAAACUUGUGAGUGUGUGCACGUGCGCAUGCCUUAGAGGGAACACUGGGCAGGCACUCACCUGCCUUCCCCAGUAGAUGAAUGGCCACUGUCCUCCCCUCUGCCACGUGUCCACACGAGCAGUAGUGUGGCAAAGGGAAAUGCUGGGAGCGGGAGGACUUCCCCUCCUGCAUCCCAGAGUGCCCCGGGGCAGAAGCAUGGUGGCUGCUCUCAUUUGAGCAGCUGUUGCGCUCGGCGUAUCAGCUCCUUUCCUCUGGCUUGCUGCUGGAAAUGGUGCUGGGCCGAAGAGAAGCCAUUUAGCCCAGUGGUGAUCAUCCAGAGGAUCACAGGCCAAGAUUAAGCGAACCACAGGUUAACUUAACCUUGGCUAAAUGCUGGGUUCAGAAGUGGGGUUUGGUGCGAGGCCAGCGCUGGGAGCGAUCUGGUGCUUCAUACGCACAACCUAACCCAGGCAGGGCUGCCCUAACCUAGGCUAGGCUGCACGUGUGAAUCCCUUUAUACAAUAGACCAACUGUGGCUUGGUGCUACUUGCCUGCUUUUGUUUCCCAUCUGCUCAGCUUCCUCCUUUCUCCGUGGAACAGCAGCAUCUGGAAGUGGAGCAGUGGCCCUAAUGGUCAUUUAUCAAUGAUCUCUGAACUCAGAUUUGUGAACUGAAACCAGUUAGCACAAAUUCUGGUUUCCAAAUUGAUCUCAAAUCAUGGUCUUGAUUUGAACAGAUCCGGAUUUGUUGAUCCCAAACAAAUCGUGGUUUGUGGGCAGGCUUGGGUUCAAACAUAAUGCAAAAUCAUAUUUUUCUAAACAACCAAUGGUUUUGUGUUAUGUCUGAACUCAGCCAGAAUCUGAAACUCAGAUUCCAAAACCAGGAAAGCAUAUUUUUGUAAGAAUAUAGGUCCCUAUUUUAAAACUAAUAAAUAUGAGCUUCCCCCCACCAAUCCAUUUUUUGCUACCAAAAAAAUGGUUUUUAUAAUAUUCAGUGAACCCUUUCUCAUGAUCAAUGAAACAGGGCUUGAAAGAGUGCGGGGAGGAAGGCUACUAACACUUACCUCCCCUGCAAACAAUCCCUCAGUCUGUGCUCAGAUGGACACCAGCAUUCCCUGGCAGAGUGGAGGGUUCGGGGCUGGGACACAUUGUCCCGGCCCCUGGAAAUCCCAUAAUGCACCACACGAGUGUGUGGUGCAUUAAUUAGGCUGCUGCUGUGUCGGAGCUGCACAGUACCACGGGGCACCAACACAAUCAUUUAGCCCAGGUUAAGGACAUAAUCAUGCCCUUAACCCUGACUAAACAAUAGGCCUCUUUGGUGGGUUUGCCACCAUGCCACUGCCAGGAGCUGCGUGGCUACCAGCAGUUUUUAUACUCAGCCAAGACUGGGCUGGGCUUCCUUAGCCCAGUCUUGGCUGAUUGUAAAAACAGCCUCAGUGUCACUUGCUUUGAGUUUAGGGUUGUAUUUGGGGGAAAUAACUGAAUUUUUGGUUCCUACGGAUUUUAAUUUUGACUCCUAUAGCCACAAUUCAAAUGCUUAUUCUGUGGUGUGAGAGCUCUAGGUGACCGUUGCUGUCAGAAUGGGACCCACCAUGAAACUCAUGCCUGUGCAUAGAGGGAGUGUUGCAUGGUGGGAAAUGUAAUCAUUUUGUAGACUUCUAUAAGGCAAGUGAGGAUGUCUUCAGCUUGUUCCAGUCUAUAAAGGUUGCUCAUAGAGGCCUUAGGAUUCUGCAGACUGGCUACGUGGCCCACAGGCAUACCAGUUGAGUCAAUUUCUGCUCCAACAGCUUCUUUAUGGAUUAUAAACAAUAAAAAGAUGAUAUUUCUAAUGA